AUGAGCCUGGUGGCCUGCGAGUGCCCACCUGGCCCUGGCCUGGAGCCUGAGCCCUGCUCCCGACCCCGGUCCCAGGCCCGUGUGUACCUGGAGCAGAUUCGAAACCGGGUGGCCCCCGGGGUGCCUGACAUGACCAAGCACGACUACCUGGUGGACGCAGCCACUCAAAUCCGGCUGGCCUUGGAGCGCGAUGUCAGCGAGGACUACGAGGCGGCCUUCAACCACUACCAGAAUGGUGUGGAUGUGCUGCUCCGAGGCAUACAUGUCGAUCCCAACAAGGAGCGCCGUGAGGCUGUGAAGCUGAAAAUUACCAAGUACCUGCGGCGGGCAGAGGAGAUCUUCAACUGCCACCUGCAGAGGACGCUGGCCAGUGGAGCCAGCCAAGGCACGGGUUUCAGCAGCCUGCGGCUCCGGCCCAUUCGCACACUGAGCUCUGCCCUGGAGCAGCUGCGGGGCUGCAGGGUGAUUGGAGUCAUCGAGAAGGUGCAGCUGGUCCAGGACCCAGCGACUGGAGCGACCUUCGUGGUGAAGAGCCUGCCCAGGUGCCACAUGGCAAGCCGGGAGCGACUGACCAUCAUCCCACAUGGCAUCCCCUACAUGACGAAGCUGCUUCGGUACUUUGUGAGUGAGGACUCCAUCUUCCUGCACCUGGAGCAUGUGCAAGGAGGUACUCUCUGGUCCCACCUGCUCUCCCAGGCGCACCCUCAACAGUCUGGACCCGAGUCUGGCUCCACCCAGGAGAGGAUGAAGGCUCAGCUCGACUCCCGCCUCAGCCUCCUGAGCCCAGUGCUGCACCCCCCGGGCCACCCCUACUGGCAUGGCAGAAUGCCCCUGGAGCCUUCAAGGACUUCUCAGCGCCUUCCCCCAGCCAGGGAGGCCCCAUCCAUCAGACCCCAGAGAGAGGCUGAAGGCGAACCCACAGCCAGGACCAGCACUUCCCACUCUUUGGACCUGCCAAAGGCCCUGAGUUGCCUCCAGCCUUUCCAAGCCAGGCGGGAACCUGGCCACAGCCUGGACACCAGGCACCCUCGGGGUCUCCCUUGGGUUCGUGAGGGGGCUGGCCGAGUGCUGGGGGGCUGUGGCCGAGGCCGAGGUCCAAGCUGCCCCUUGGCAGAUGGGGCCGGUCUGGGGUCAAGCAGGGGCGCCUGGAGGGUGAGGGAGGAGCAGGUGAAGCAGUGGGCGGCGGAGACCCUUGUGGCACUGGAGGCGCUGCACGAGCAGGGGGUGCUAUGCCGGGACCUCAACCCCCGGAAUCUGCUCCUGGACCAGGCAGGUCACAUCAGGCUCACGUAUUUUGGCCAGUGGUCAGAAGUGGAGCCCCAGUGCUGCAGGGAGGCCGCAGACAAUCUGUACAGCGCUCCAGAGGUGGGUGGGAUUUCUGAGCCGACUGAAGCCUGCGACUGGUGGAGCUUUGGCUCUCUGCUGUACGAAUUGCUGACAGGAAUGGCACUGUCCCAGGGCCACCCCUCAGGGAUCCAGGCCCACACCCAGCUCCAGCUGCCCGAGUGGCUCAGCCGCCCUGCGGCCUCCCUGCUGACUGAGCUGCUGCAGUUUGAUCCCAGCCAGCGCCUGGGCGCUAGAGGCGGUGGUGUCAGCAAACUCAAGGCCCACCCCUUUUUCAGUACUAUCCAGUGGAGCAAACUGGUGGGGUAGGAGGGGUAGAGAGGGCGAAGGAAGCAGCUGGCCUGGUCUGGUCCUCCUCUUCUCUCCGCCUGUCACUAAGCUGUCCCCUCUAAUAAAUGGGCCUCAGGUUCAGAAUGUGGGCAGCGCCUUUCCCACUCAGCCCCUCCCCUGGGCCUCAGAAUUCUCUCCAGGCCUUGUCUUUGGGGCCACCACCCAAGAAGGGACUUGGGAGUCCCCCAGCCAGCUCCUGGAGAAGUCCUUUCUCAUCACGCCCAAGGGGGAGAGGCAGU